GCUGUCGUUCAUUAACGUAUGGGUAGACCAGCCUGUAGCAAGGUGGAAGUUUAUUGAUCUCAGGCUCACACUCAAGGAACAACUGGUGUUAAGACAGCAAGUGUCUUUCGUAGUAAAAGUGGUUGGAUCUCAAUCAAAGUAUCUCUUCUUCUGGAUGCUGGACAAUCAAGACUUCUGCAAAAGAGUUCACGUCUCUUUCUGGAACCAUUUCGUCAAUGGAGAGGAUCUUUUCCGUCGGACAAAUGUAAAAACCUACCUUCAGCCAUUUUUUAUCUGAACAGGUUGAUAUAUACUGUUUGUCAUGUAGAAACGGUGGAUAAGACCGUAAAAACUCAAGGAACAAGAUGUACAGCUCACACAGUUUACCCUACCUGGGUGUGUUAGUAAUGGCGGUGGUCGCCAACAAGAUGCUGGAGGAGUGUUUGUCAUCAAAGCGUGAGUUCACCAUGAAUGUUGUGCUUCUGGAGGACGACACUUAUGGAUGGAGUCGGAAGUUUGUGCAGAGUGCUUUGGAAGCAGCCAUCGAAGAGGACAGACAGGAGAACAUUAAACAUGGUUUAAACUUCACGUUGACAGCAAACUACAACGGGUUCAACACCACUGUGUACAACCGGCAGGGCUGUGGCAGCAGCACCUGUGAGGGAGUGGCGAUACUCAAAUUACUGCAUAAUAUGGGUGAAGUUGGAUGCGUCAUGCUGGGGCCUUCUUGCACUUAUGCCACCUUCCAGUUAGUGGAUGAUGAGAUUGGUUUGAGCCUGAGCAUUCCCGUCAUCUCAGCUGGGAGCUUCGGCCUCUCCUGUGACUAUAAAUCCAAACUGACCCGAAUUCUGCCUCCGGCUCGCAAGAUCGCAGACUUUUUCAUCAACUUCCUGAAGGAAACGUUGGAUUUUAAGUAUCCUUGGGAGCAAGUCUAUGUCUACAAGAAACCCAUCAACGUAUCUGAGGACUGCUUCUGGUAUAUCAAUGCAUUGGAAGCUCCCUCUGCCAGGUUUGCCUCACAGACAUCCAGAGAGAUGCUGCGUGGGGAGGUGGAACUGAAGAAAGCACUUAACGCUAAGAAAAGACACAGCAACAUUUUCAUCCUAUGUGGGAGCCCUGACGACGUUAUUUCAAUAAAGGGGAAGAUGGGCCCGAUGGAUCCGGACAUCAUGUUCAUUCUCAUCGAUAUUUACAACCCGGAGUAUUACCUCAACACAACAUCUAUAAAGGCCAUGCAAGAUGUUGUGGUUGUCACUCUGCCACCGAGGAACUACACGUCUGGAUCUCAUAUGGAUCAAUACAACGACACGAUUAACGACUACGUGGCUGGGUAUCAUGACGGGGCCUUGCUGUUUGGCAAAGUGCUCAGAGAGACGAUGCUGGAUCAGCGCGAUCACAGAAUCUACGAUGUGCCUCUGAGUGACAACCCUUUUGGAAACACCUCUUUUUACGGUAUGGGAGGACACUAUGUGAUCGAUGAGUACGGUGACAGAGAUGUUAACUUCUCUAUGAUUUACACAUCAACUGAAACUGGCAUGUACGAAACCCUGUUACUGUUUGACACUUCACGAAAUAAAACCAUAGUGAUUGACCAAAACCCCACCCUGCGCUGGCAUGGUCGCCUGCCUAAUGACAAGCCAAAAACCCCAGAUGGUUUGGAUAUGCAGGAUGUGAUUGUGAUCGUUCUGAGUCUCAGUGUUGUCGCGGUAACGGCCAUCGCUCUCAUCUUCUACAGACAGAACAGGAAAGUGCGUCUUUUGCAAAAGAAGUGGUCUCACAUAAACCCGCUUCUGAUUAGUCCACUGGAUGAGAAGGAGGUGUCUCUGAAGAUCGAUGAAGAUAAGAGGAAAGACAGCACGUUCUUCAACCAUCGUGGCCGCUAUGACAAGAAGCCUGUUAUCCUGAAAGAGAUGAAACAAACAGACGGAGACUUCACAGAGGAACAAAGGAUUGAGCUAAACACUCUGCUACGGAUAGAUUACUACAACCUGACCAAGUUCUACGGCACGGUGAAGUUUGAGUACGGCGUUUUUGGAGUGUUUGAGCUCUGUCAGAGGGGCUCACUCAGGUACAUUCUGAAUGACAGGAUCUCCUACCCAGAUGAAACCUUCAUGGACAUGGAGUUUAAGAUAUCAGUCAUGUAUGACAUAGCAAAGGGCAUGUCAUAUCUCCACUCCAGUAACAUCGAGGUCCACGGUCGCCUCAAGUCCACCAAAUGUGUGGUCGACAACCGCAUGGUGGUGAAGAUCACUGACUUUGGCUGUCACACCAUCCUGAGUCCAGGCAGAGAUGUGUGGACGUCCCCGGAGCACCUUCGUAAAGAUGGAGUCUCUCAAAAAGGCGACGUCUACAGUUAUGCCAUCAUUGCUCAUGAGAUCGUUAUGAGGCGACCCCCGUUCUACACACAGAACUGCUCUGAUCCUGCAGAGAAGCUCUACAGAGUGCAGCAUCCCAGCGUCAUGAGCGUCUUCAGACCGGACCUCAUCUUUGACGGUGCGUCAGAAAGAGAGAUCGAGCUGUACACGCUGAUAAAAAACUGCUGGGAUGAAGACCCAGAGCGACGGCCAGAUUUUAAGAGAAUAGAGUUAACUCUGGGUAAAAUAUUCAGUAACCUGCAUAACCAGGCCACGGAGACGUACAUGGACAAUCUGAUCCGCCGCCUGCAGAUGUAUUCAAGGACUCUGGAGAAUCUGGUGGAGGAGAGAACGUCUCUGUACAAAGCUGAGAGGGACCGAGCGGAUCGCCUCAACUUUAUGCUACUUCCUGGCCCAGUGGUGCGUUCACUGAAGGAAACGGGCCGAGUGGAGCCUGAACUGUUCGAGGAGGUGACCAUCUACUUCAGUGACAUUGUGGGAUUCACCACAUUGUGUCACUACAGCACCCCCAUGGAGGUGGUGGACAUGCUCAAUGACAUCUACAAGAACUUCGACAGCAUCCUGGACCACCAUGAUGUCUACAAGGUUGAGACAAUAGGCGAUGCAUACAUGGUUGCAUCAGGUUUGCCUAAACGCAACGGGGACCGGCACGCAGUGGACAUCGCCCACAUGGCCCUGGACAUGCUGGCAUUUGUCGGGACGUUUGAGUUGCAGCACCUGCCCGGCAUCCCUCUGUGGAUCCGCAUCGGUGUGCAUUCAGGACCGUGUGCAGCAGGAGUGGUGGGGAACAAGAUGCCUCGCUACUGUCUUUUUGGAGAUACAGUUAACACUGCGUCACGCAUGGAGUCCACAGGCCUGCCUCUCAGAAUCCAUUCCAGCCAGUCCACCAUCAACAUCCUGCAGAGGACAGACUGUAAUUUUGAGUAUGAACAAAGAGGCGAGACGUACCUGAAGGGUAAAGGCAAAGAGAUGACCUACUGGUUAACAGGAGUGACCGGGGGAAAAUACAACCUGCCAACACCGCCAACAGCGGAGAACUUCCAGCGGCUGCAGCAGGACCUGGCGGAGAUGAUCGUGUCCAGUUUGGAUAACCGUGGCCUUGGGAACGAGGGCUUCAAGAACAGGAAGACCCUCUCCACCAAAAUCAAACGGAGGGAAACCAACGGCAGCCUGCAGGGGAACGGCUUGCCAGAGUACUUCCACCUGGCCGUCACCGACAACCCGAGCACCUACCUGUGAGGAGAGGAGCUCUCCGUACAAAAACGGUCAAGAAACGGGCUUUGUAGAAAAGUCUGAAUGAGCACUGCUGGGUUUCUUUGAGUGACAGUCAAGCAGCGGUGAAAAAAUCAGGCAUGUUGAAAGGUAGACUCUUAUAUGUUGAUGAUAAAAGUGCCUAUACUGUAGUAAGAUACCUGUUUAUUUAGUCUAUUUUUGUUAAAAAGAAAGUCAAAUCUCUUGUAUUAUUGUUAUAUAUCAUGAAAGAUGUUUAGUUGUGGUGAAAGAAGUGCUAUACAUAAGCCACCCUUCUCUUUUUUUAUGUGGGUCAGACACAGUUUCACAAAUGUAAGAGAAUAUUAAUGUAGCUAUGUGCAUUGGGAGCAUCAAAGUCUGACAUUUUAGCAGAAAUAAUGGCUAUAAAUUGUACCUGGAACUGUUUUGGGUGUAUUUUGUGUAUUAAAUGUUUUUAAAAUAAAAAUAGAAUGGGCUUAUACCGUUUUGUUAUAUCUAUCACA